AUGUCAGCUAUUGGUAUGCCGCAACACAUUUUAAUUUUAUUUCAAGCAAGGCCCAUGCUUGAAUUUUAUAAACCCAUAAAAAAAAAGAAACCAAAGGAAUAUUCGGGUUUAUCCGAUUUUAUAAAUUAUUUUGAAGAAGGAGAAGCUCCUCCUAAGAUGAAAGUAGAGAGUUUUAAAGAAAGGAAAGAAAAAAAGAAGAAAGAAAAAAUAGCUUAUAAUGAAUUAAUAUUAAAAGAGAAAAGAAAAGAAUAUGAUCCUUUUAAAAAUGAAAAUUUAACUAGUGAUCCAAAAAAAACUUUAUUUAUUGGAAGAUUAUCUUAUGAAGUAAGUGAACAAAAAUUAAAAAAAGAAUUUGAAAAUUAUGGCAAAAUUAAAACAGUUAAAAUCAUAUAUGAUAAAAAUUUAAAACCAAGAGGAUAUGCUUUUGUUGAAUUCGAACAUACUAAAAGUAUGAACGAUGCUUAUAAAUUAGCUGAUGGAAAGAAAAUAGAAAAUAGAAGAAUAUUAGUUGAUAUUGAAAGAGGAAGAACUGUCAAAAAUUGGAUUCCUAGAAGAUUAGGUGGUGGAAAGGGACCUGCUAGAGGUUCUGAAGAGAAAAAAAAAAUUACACAUAAUAUUAAUUGGACCGCUCUUAUUAAUAAGGAUAAAUAUAGAAAUGAUAAAAAAAAAAGUGAUGAACUUUAUAAAAAUGUUCCUUUAUAUAAUGAAAGAAAUAAUGAUGAUGAGGAGGAUGAUGAUAUUAGUAGUACCUUGAGGGAUUAUAGACAUCAUAGAUAUGAUGACCACAGGAGGGGUUCUAAGAGGGAUAGAAGACAUAGGAGCAGACGAUCUGAGUCAAGUGAUAGGCAUCAUCAUAAGCAUAGAAGAAGAGAUCGAAGUAGGGAUGACAGGGAUAGGAAUUAUCAUGAUAGGCAUGAUAGGCAUGACAAACAUGAUAAGCAUGAUAGACAUGAUAAGCAUGAUAGGCAUGAUAGGCAUGAUAGGCAUGAUAGGCAUGAUAGACAUGAUAGGCAUGAUAGGCAUGACAGACAUGAUAAGCAUGACAGACAUCAUAGACAUGAUAGACAUGAUAAACAUGAUAGGUACGAUAAAAAUUAUGAAAACCAUCCUAACGGUGAUAACCCUUAUGAUAAUUCAACAAAAGAUGACAUAAAUAAAGAAAAUGACAUAAAUGACAUACAAAAUAAUGGUUAUGAGAAUAAUGGAGAACCCAACGAUGGGUUUGUUUAUGAAUCGAUUACAUCAAUAGAAGACUGUGACGAUUAA